GUUACGCUCGCAAAUUGCUCCCAUGUCCAACGUCCUGGCCCUUUCCGUCAAUACAACCUCUCCUAUCGCAAUUUUUCUCAUCUACCUCCACCAUGACGUCCCUGUCAUCUUCUCUCUACACAGCCGCCUCGUUUCUUUACAUCGCUAUCAUCCCGAAACAUGUCAAAGUUGGGCUCACUCUGAUUCCGCACACGAUGAAGGCGGUGCCAUCUACGGAGCAAUUCGCUCUGGCAAAAGCUAUUAUUCCCGCCACCUGGCACUUUGUCAACGGCUAUUUGGUCACACUCGCGCUCUUGAACUACAAGUGGGCCAAAUCUGGAGGUCCUACGACGACGAUGGAGAAGUGGAUCGUAGGCGUUAAUGCCAUUGCCGGGGUCUUAGUUGGUGUCCAGUACUUCAAGGCUCGCCUCAACGUUGCCCUGUCGGUGCUAUGGUUAGCGCCUGGUCUCAGCAUUGCCGCCGGACUUCUCCAAUCCCGUUGA